AUGAAGCUCUUCAUUUUGCUAGUAUCGGUGGCCGUAGCAGCCGCUGACGGUUCUUGUAACUGUCAGUUUUCAUUUCCUGGCUAUGGAGGAGCUGGGGGGCGAGGUGCGGUAGUUGCAACACGAGUGGACGCUCAGGAGCUACGUAUUGGAAGACUCGAAGCAUCAAUCCAGAAACUCAGUGACAAAUUCUCAAGCUCAGGCAAAGACUACAAUGAGGCAAUAUCAGUACUCGACUACCUUAACGACAAAGUUGAGGAAAUUAGACCCAAGAAGUGUGCUGAUGGACAAAUUGAGUGCUUGGACAACGGGGAUUGUGUUAAUGAACUGUUGAUCUGUGAUGGCCAAAAUGAUUGUGUUGAUGGUUCUGAUGAAGAAGACAGAGUGUGCAAACUUCCAUUUGGCGUUGGCAAGGAAUACAACGGUCGUCUCCUGAGCGGUAACGAAUGUCUGAAGGGGGGUUACCCUGCCGAUGUGUCAGUUACAAUUACGUCACUAACAAGGAUGCCAUGGUUUCCUCAGAGACCCAAAGUUGACGCAAGAGUUGUCUACAAAUACAGUGAUCACGGAACGGAUGUUGCUGGGUCUUACAAGGUUCAUGGUUACUACUCCGCCGCUACAGCAACGCUGGACUUGAAUUCCAUAGAUGACGAGGAAGAUUGUGGAUUAAAAGCUAAAGUCUUGUGGCCAAGUCUAUCUAAAGGCAUAGAUAUAACUGACCAAAGUUUUAAUCCACGGAGAGAGGAACAUCAUCUUUUUAAAUAUUACCAAAAAUGGACAUUCUCCAACGUAACUUUUACCAAAUAAGGACAAUCUCAGAGCCAAAAGACGAGUGUUUUCGUUUGUGAAUAGCAUGACUACUGCCUCGAGGAAUCUCAAUAACCACUGACGUUAACAUCACAGUGGGCUGUAAAUAUGUACAUAUAAUAUUGAGCACACUUGGACUUGUAUAGAGCAACUUAUAUUACGUUGUAAAUAUUAAACAUAUUGAAUGAAAAAAUAAAUUAUUUAAC